AUGACAACGGAAGAACCGGGUUAUCAAGAGUCGGACAAAACUCGACCAUCCAACGCAGAAGACUUUCCAAACUUUCGUAACUUUCAAAUCGUCAAAAUGGUGGAGCAUUUCCGCGUCGUAACAGACGGUUCCCAGGAGCAGUUGCGUCUCGGUUUUAAGUGUAAAACAUGCGGUGAGACGUUCAAUAAAACAAUGCAACUGCUCGGUCACAUACGGUUACAUUACGAGGAUGAGCACACGUGCCGCGAUUGUGGGAAGUAUUUCUUCGAUCCAAACAAGCUGCAAAUACACGUCAAAGCAAAACAUACGAUAAAUUUUCUAAAGUGUCAGCUUGGAUGUACUCGGUACUCGACACCGAAUUUCAAAUGUCUUCAGCUGCAUUACGAGCGAUUUCAUUUCGUAAAGAUCCGCAUGCGUGAGCUUCGUAAAAUGGAUGAUGCUGUGCGUAACGGCGGCACGGUCGUAACGCAGAUUUUUUCAAAUAAGAGACAGCGCAAGAAUAUUGCAGCGACCGAUGUGCCACGUUCAUCAUCCAGUGGCGAAGAAUCGCAACAAUCUGAUGCUGAUGAAGACACAGAACAACAGCCGCAGGAGCUACCACAGCAGCAACAGCAACAACAACAGCAACAGCAACAGCAACAACAGCAGCAACAGCAACAACAACAACAGCAACAACAACAACAACAACAGCAGCAACAACAACAACAGCAACAACAACAGCAGCAACAACAACAGCAGCAGCAGCAACAAAUACAACUACAACAACAGCAAUUACAGCUGGUUGAACAGCCACAGCACUAUGUGGUUCAGACCAUCGAUGAAGAAUAUGAAGAUGGAUAUAAUCCCGAAGACGAUGACGGUAACGAAAGAUUGUUGGCCGAACAGACGGAGGAAAAUGCGUUGUAUGAUGACCAGAUGCAGUGUUGUGUUUGUGGAGCAAUAUUCGAGGACGAGCAGCAGUUAGAGAUGCACGAAAAUUCACACACUGCUCCGUUGGAGUGUAGCUUCUGUAGCAUGACAUUUUUGCAAUUAUCGGACAUACGUGAGCACUACCAGAGCAGGCACCAAGCAGUCAGCAGACCUUCUCAGUUCGUUAUCGCCCAUCCGAGUCAGCCACUGGUGCAGCAACAAACGCUACAUCAGAUCGUGCACAACCCGCACCAAUUGCAACAGUCACAUCAAGCGCAACAAGAGCAGCAGCAGAUACAGCAUUGUGCUCAAACGGCUCAGUUCGUGCCCAGUGCAUCGAACGGGGCGAUGACCACGAUGCUGGUAAUGCAAAAUGGAAUGUUAAUACCGGUGCAUGCAAUUGACAGUGCGCAGCUGACGGCCGUGAAUCCGUAUCAGCAAACGGCACCUACCGCCACCUUAACACCAAUCACGCAAGCCCCCCAAAUCGCCUGGCCAAUAACGGCGACACCAAUAACGACGAAUCAGCCGCACCAACAAAUCCUACCCCCCGUACACAAUCAGAUCGAAAUCAUCCCCCUACACGGUACUCCCACGACCGGUGCAGCUGCGCCCCAUCACGGCAUCAUCACGUCGAUUGCACCGCAGCAGGUGCAAGCGCAACCUCAACAGACGCUUGCUCCGAUUCAGCUUAGCAUAAAAGAUGCGAGCGGAGCCCUGAUCACCGGAGGUGGCACUGCCACUCCGAACGGUGCUGGUGGGUACGUCAUAAACUCGAUCGCGUCCAUCGAUCCAAACUACUUGAAACAAAUCGAUCCUGUGUUACAUCAGCAACAGCAGCAACAGCUGCAGCAGCAGCAGCAGCAGCAGCAGCAACAGCAACAGCAACAGCAACAGCAACAGCAACAACAACAACAGCAACAACAGCAGCAGCAGCAGCAACAACAGUUUCAUUCUUAGUAACGAAAUCAAAGGAAACAAAAAGUUGUUAGCUAGGAUCGUUAAUACGCUAACCUAGGAUCAUUGAAGGGGUGGUCUUUUAGGAGAUGAAUUGUGUUUUUAUUCAUGGUAGCGAUAGAAUACCCUUUCUGGACGAUUCGAUGUGUCCCGCAGGCUGCUGUAAGCUAUACAGUUGGCUUUAUUUUCACUGCUAUGAAUAGUUUAUGUUAAUUAUUCUUGCCACGGCUUAGAAUAGCUAGGAGACGGGUGUUUUUGUAUCUUAUAGUUAACAUCGGAAGAAUAAGACGUAAACGAAUUAUCGAUGGAAUAUUAUUUAUAAAAAAGCUAUAUUUUUCAGCUAUGGCUAACAUAUGUUUAAUUUCCGCAAUAUAACCUUCUUGUGGAAUCAAGAUUUAAUACGGUGGCAUAUGCGAAAGUAGUUUUCCAAGCUUCAAUAAUUCAACCAGUAAUAACUGUAAUGCAGAAUAAUUGCACAAUAUUAUUAUUAUUAGUAAUAGUGAUCUUGAAAUUCACAUACCUUGCAGAUUAUUUCUCUACUUCCUGGAUGUGUGGGAAAAAUUUACCUCAUCCUCUCAAGGUUACAAUUCGUAAUUUCGUUUAUAUAGUUAACCCAUUGUUAAAUUAAGAUGGUCGAUUAAGAAUAAAUGGACAGCAUAAAUCG